AUGGUCUCGGAUUCAGUCAGGAAAUCCCCGCAGACAGUCGAAAAGGUAGCCAAGAUUCCCGCCGUCAUUCGUCUCUUGGAGGGGCUAACUCAUAAGCAUAGUUUUCCGCCCGAUCGCAUCACCUCAGCCGCAAAGGAUCGAAAUCUAACGGUUGAGGAGAUGGGCGGGAAAGCGCAGAUAUUGAACGAGCUGCAAUCAAACCUUUUACCUUCGAUCAGCGAUCAGCUCGGCUCGCUGUUAGGCUCGUUGGACUUGAUAUAGAUUCCGAUAAGAAUCCAGAGCCGGACAUCGACUUGACUCUGGAGAUCUUAUCCAGCCUCGAUCAGACUUUAGAGAGCACUGUAUCCUCUAUCCUCUCCCUCAGCCUCGAAUCACCUCUACCGGACAAGAAUCAUGAUCAGGGAUUGAAGAAGCUGAAGAUGUUUCGAUGUUCAUAUCUACGAGAGAAGAUCGAGAGUUUGAUUGGAGCGACAAUCUAUGACAACUUGUUUUUGAG